AAGCUCUUAAGAUCCAUCACGGGGUUCUACCAAUCCGUCAUCCGAGCCGCUGCCCACACCAUCACGCAUGACGAUCGUCCACCACAGUUGUUCUCCACGGGAUCUCGUCGAAUUUCAAUGAUCGGCGUCCUUGAACGAGGGUGAAAAGCGCGAAAGUACUGGUACCCGCAGUAGUAAUAACCCGGUGGUGUCAGCCAAUUCAGAAUACCGGAAGUGGACAGGAAGGAAGAGGACGAGAAGAUCACGCGAGUACGAGCGAGGGAAGACAGGACCAGGUUGAUCCUGCCGGCGAAGGUCGAGGUAACCAGUUCGGAUUUGGCGCCAUGACGUCCGGAGCGCGUCUGAUAGAGAACAGGCUCUGUCACUGAGCAGUAACGCGCGUCUCGGAGCAAGUGCAGAUUGGCGCUAAAGGCUGAAGGUCACGAAGAUGCAGCCGGUCGCAUGAUUGCCCGGGACACUUCGAACGAAGUCUCGCCGAGACGCUCAAGUGCCUUGUGAUUCUCUCUCUCGCGGUGAUUGGUGUGCGUGAGAACGGUUUUGGUGAACCCCAUAAAGUGGAGCGGACUGCUCGGAAAACAUACUGACGAUCCUCUUUUCCUCCCCCUCCCCCCCUCUCUUUUUCUUUCUCUCCCUCUUUUUCGGCCUAAUCGCAUCUUCCGCGUAAUCGGAGGAGACACGAGUUUUCCACUCGGAGUUAAUAAAUUCGUGACGUAUAGGAAGGAAGAAAGCGAAACUGGAUCGUGCGGAUCGCGAUCGUGAUCGAGGCCGGUCGCCCAGUUCCGGCGGAAUACCGACUUCAGGGCACGAUAAGGGGACCGAGCGAUUACUGGAGGUGGAGAACGUAUGGUUGCGUAAGUUCAGGAAGAAGCUGGCGUUGCGAGAUAAACGACGAAGAAAGAGACUUUCUUCGCGGAUGAGACCGGAGCUACGCGAAAAGAAGUAGAAGAAGAGAAAGCACUGAGAGAGAAGAACACUGAAGAAGAAAGAAAAGGUUUUCUACAAUCUUCAGGGAGACUAUUCAACGAAAGGGGAGAAGUAAUAGGGACGGAAAGGGAAGAUACUAGUGUAGGAAUUAUUAGGUAUAUUAACGAAGAACGCUUCUAUUAAGGAAAAUUAAGAAAAAUUCUAAAAUCUUGAGGGAAGACAAGAGGUUGGCGGGAACGACGAUGCCAUUGAUCAUCUGAUCGUUUCCUUUCCGCGACGAAGGCCGAUCGUAGAGCUCGGAUCCGACCAAGGGCGACCUUGAACAAGAUGGUCACGAGGGCGCUGCUACUACUCUCGCUGGUCCUCCUCGGUGCCUUCGACGCGCCCGGCAUCGAGAGAGCCCACGUCCGACACUUGGCGAUGGCCGGUAACGCCUGCAACGCCUGCAGGAUGCACGAGGAGAUUCGCGCGCUCAGUUUAGAAGCGAUCAAGGAGCAGAUCCUGAACAAGCUCGGCCUGAAGCAGGCGCCGAACAUGACCGGCCGGGCGCUGCCGAGGAUCCCGCCGAUCUCGAAGCUGAUGGACAUGUACGGGAUGCAGGCCGACCAGCCGCAGCCUCUCGAGCCCGGUAUCACGCACCACGAGGAGAUCGACGAAUACGCCGCGAAGACGGAGAGUGUCUUUGCCUUGGCGCAGCCUCAUCAGAGGCUAAGGCACUCGAAGGGCAGCCUGGACGUGCUGUACUUCAAGUUCUCCGAUAAGGUCGUCCAGCAUCGCGUCACUAGGGCGGAGCUGUCUCUGUGGAUAUGGGGCGUGAAUCAGGAAGUUACGGAGCUCGGCGAGCCGAUGGAUCUGGACGGCCAUCAGGACGCCGGUCCGGUGACGAUCACGUUGCAGAGGAUCCUUCGGGGCGCGACCGAGACGGGUGGGCCCCUGCUGGGUCCACCACUGACCACGAAACACCCCCGACCGUACGGACGGCGGGGCGGCUGGAUCACGAUCGAGCUCAGACGAAUGGUGGCGGAGUGGUUCAAGCAUCCGAGGGAUAAUCUCGGGGUCGCCCUGAAGAUCAUCGGGCCCGGCAGCAAUCAUCGCAGGAACUCGGCCCGGCUGGUCGAGACCAAUCCCGGCGCGGAGUACGCCCCGUAUCUCGAGGUGCAGAUGCAGGAGCUCGAUUCGCGAAGGGGCUCCAGGAUCAAGAGGAACGUGGGACUCAAUUGCGACGAGGCCAGCCAGGAGACCAGGUGUUGCCGGUACAAGCUCACGGUGGACUUUGAGAAAUUCGGCUGGGAUUGGAUAAUCGCACCUAAGAAAUACGAUGCCAAUUACUGCUCGGGUGACUGUCCGAUGGCCUUUCUCCCGGCCUAUCCGAACACGCAUAUCGUCAGCCUGGCCGAACCGCCGAACAACACCGGGCCGUGUUGCGCACCUAGGAAGCUGUCCGAAAUUACGAUGUUGUAUUUCGACAACGAGUACCAGAUCGUGUUCUCGCGGUUGCCGGGCAUGGUCGUCGAGAAAUGCGGGUGCUCAUAGUCCACCUUCGCUUCUGGCCUAAACGAAAGCGACGUGGGCGACGCCGAGAGUUCCGCACGGAUGCCGCGAUGCUCUCCCUCUGAUCAAUCUCGACGAUCAUCGUCAUUGUCCUCGUCAAUCGUCGUCGAUUGUCGUCGUCGUCGUCGUCGUCGUGUUCACGGCGAUUCCUCAUCCGAUAGACUGAAAGUGCCUUGUUCGGAGAGUGAUUGCGUGAUAUGCGGAUCUCUUUGGAGCGCGCGGUGGAGGAAACACAAAAGUGUGCGCGGGGUAGACGGUGUGAUGGUGAUUCGCGAGAGAGUCCCCCCCCCUCACGAAGACUGUGCUGGAUGCCAAGGGAAGUCCAAAGUGGGACUCGCGCCGUGUCAGAGGCACCUCAACGGGGUGAUCCAUGGUCCAUGGCAAGGCGGAUAGUUCCUAGAGUCACGGUAUUAUUUUUAAGACGCCGAUACGUUUGCACUUGAUCCACAAAAAAAUCCUGAUUACGGCCUCGGAAUUACGAUUCCCUCCCUUAAAAAAAAAAAUCGCGAAUUUUUUAUUCCUCUAAGUCAAGAAAGGUGGGUAGAAUAAGGAUAUUUAUAAACGCCCGUGUAGUUAUUGCGCAAGCGUUACGUUCACGGAACUCGUAACCAUAGUUUUGCCAACAAGCAGCGCAAAACUUUGUUGAACAUUUUCAUUAUUGCGCCGCGGCGAGACUACGUAUAAAUUAGGAUACAAUACGCGGCCGUUUCGCGUCGCGAGACCCGUAAUUUUUAUCUCUCCCAUUUCUUUACGUCAUAUGCGAAAUACAAAAUGCGUUGUUAUCGAAACAAAGGUCGUCGACGAUCGGUGGAAACGUGUUGGCCAACAGAUCUCGGUGUACAGUAAAAAUCGUUGUUUUUUUCUAAUGGUUUUUUUCCCUCUCCCCCUCGUCUUUCUACAAUUAUAUUAUAUAUAUAGAAACGUUUCAUUACAUGAUCGUUUCUUUUUUUUUUAGCGAAUUGUGAGUGCAUGUGCGAGAGAGCGUGUCGAAUUAUGUAAAUAAGUCGUAAGCAGGCAAGAAUGUGGUGUCGCUUCGCUGACACUCCCACGUCCUGGGAGAAUCCGACGAGGAUGUUACUCGUGUAUUGGCGGAGAAAUCCCUCAGCCCUCCUAGUUUUUUUUUUUUUUUUUUUUUUCUAACGCGAGUACGGCUCUAAAGUAAUAAAUUGUAAUUUGUAAUUAUAAAAUGGCGCCAAUAUCCGGCUAAUCGCGCUCGGAACUUUUUAUAUAUCGCGCCAAUUGGAAAGUUCAUAUUCACGUCCCCCUCCCCCUUCGUCAUUCGUCACGCAGAACGAGUGUCGAGCGUUUAUUUCUAGAUAAAUAAACAUUUAUUCGCGCGAAACAAGAUGCGCGACGCGCGCGCCUGAUUUUCGUAUAGCUUUCUUCGUAACUUACGGUAUUAAUAGCUGAUGCAUUUCAGCGCGUCGGGUGACGCGCUUCGUCGAAGAAGGGACGGCGACUUUUUAUUGGAACGCGCGUCCCUUCCUAUUCCACGCGUUGUACAAUCUUGAAAAGGAAAGAAAAGAAAAAGAUUGGACAAGCGUUCUUUUUUUUUUUUUUAGACAAAAUUAUUCUAGAGGUAAUAUAUCUCGACAAGCGCUCUUAUUAGUUUUUAUAGACUCAUUAGGAUCCGUCCCUGAUCCUCGGGCAUAUACGCUAAUUAAUUACCACGGUGACAGAGAGGAUCAGUGCCGCAAUUAUGUAUAGACGUGUCCCCCGACGCUUGAACAAUUCCAAGUUAAAUGUAGCGAUUGAAACCAAUAUAAUUUCGAUCAAUUCAGAUCGCCGCGGGGUCGAUCGACGCGGAAAAACGACCGUUUAAUAAACAGGGUGUGCACCAUUUUUCUCUGAAACCUUCGGGUAACGUCGAGAUUCUACCGGUUUCAAUCCCUCGUGUUGUAUAGCGAUCUUCAAAAUCCGGGAACGUACUUGAAACUUCUCGUGCUAUCAGAGCUAACACUUAACUCCACGUUUUUCCCCCUCGGCUUCGAGUCAAGUGCACUGUAGCUACAUUUUGUAAAAUAGUAUACGAUGUACGAUGGACUUGCGCGCACCGUCCCUAAACUUCAUGUGAUUGUAAAGGAAAAAAGUCACACGCAACACAACACACAAAACACACGCGCACACACACACACACACACACACACACGCACACACACAUACGUACAUACAUCACGUACACAUGCACACAUACGAGUUUAUAAAGAAAACUGUGCGAUUUUUAUAAAGCGAUCAUUUAGAACGUAAGAGAAAGCUCCUUGAAAAAAAAUCGAUUCUUUUGUAAUUCCCCCUUCCUCCCCUCCUGUCAAGCUGUCCUUGUCUCUCCCUCCUUCCGGCCGUUCCUUUUCUCUCCUUCGUAUCUAUUACAUUUUCCAUUUUCAGUUUGUUUGUCUCAGUGUAUCAAUAAUUAAAAAGAUAAGGGAUUUGCUUAUCUUCCCCCCUCCCCCACCGCUCCCCAGAUAGCGAACGAGGACGGCAGAAAAAUGCAUACUUAUAUGUAUAAUGUGUACUUCCUAGGUAGGCACACAGCAUAGAUAGAAAAAUAUUUAUUCCAUGAAAUAAAUGGUUUUUCGAUGA